AUGGCCACCAGCAGUUCCAGUCCGCACAAAUUCGUAACUCUAGUCUCCAGUGAUGGUUUCGAGUUUGUGGUGCUUCGGGAGGCAGCCCUUGUCAGUCCUGCGAUAAAGAGCAUGCUGGAUCCGAAGAGCCAAUUCUCCGAGGCACAAAGCGGUCAAUGUGUCUUUGAAGAGAUCAACGGAAUGGUGCUCGAGAAGGUUGUCGAGUACUUCCACUACUGGUACAAGAACCGACAAAGAGAAGACGUCCCGGAUAUGGAAAUCCCCGUGGAACUCUGCCUCGAGCUCUUAAUGGCUGCGGACUACUUGGGACUCGACAGUAAGGACACCAACUGCUCCAUCCACCACAACUGA